AUGGGCCUUUUGAGCAUUAUACGAAAGCAGAAACUCAAGGACAGGGAAAUUAGGGUGCUUAUAUUGGGAUUGGAUAAUGCUGGGAAGAGCACGAUCGUUAGUAACUUGAUGAGGCGAGAUCCCCUAGAUGUGGUCCCGACGGCAGGUUUUCUGAUUCACACAGUUCCCUGGAAAGGGUACAAUCUCAAUGUGUGGGAUAUUGGUGGGCAGCUUCUGCUUCGAGGGUUCUGGAGCAAUUACUUUGACCGUUCCGACGUGGUGAUUUGGGUCAUUGACGGCUCGAAUAUCGCCCAGUUGGAAGAGCUGUACAGGGAGUUACGGGAGAAAGUUAUACGACAAGACCAGCUUUCGGGAGUAUACUUCGUGGUCUUGAUCAAUAAAGUGGAUAUGAUGACCGAGGAAGAUAAGUUGAAUGUGAAGCGCAUGGUAGACGAGGAAUUGAAGCUUUCUAGAGAGAUGCCACCGGAGAAGUUUACAACAAGAGCAGUUUCGGGAAUUAGCGGUGAAGGUCUUCGAGAAGCGGUAGACUGGGUAGUGGAGAAAGAUGUUUGGUAG